UUACGUUUAUUAGGUAGCGAGAUAUAAGACCAACACAAAAAUAAAACAAGAAAAGUUGCUACAUGGUUAGGAUGAUGAUGAAAGUAGCGUUUGCAAUGACGUGUCUUCUUGUUGCAGUCACAACCGCCAACGCAGUGUACCGUCCUUGGCCGCCGGAGUGUGUAGACGUGGCGAACGUGAUGGUAGAACAGUGCAAGAUGUUCUUCGUCCAUCAGGAGUCUCCGCCCACCGCCGAGUGUUGCAGGUGGUUUAGUAGCCGCCAUAAGAAUGCGAAGGAGAGGCGGAGGCUUUGUCGAUGUAUGGAGUUUUUGACCACAGCCAUCAAACCACUCAGGCCAGAUGUUUUGGCUCUUUCCGACCAGUGCCAUUUUAGCUCUGGCUUUCCUAUGUCUAGAGACCACACAUGCGCUUAGCAGAGGAGGAUGACAAGAACUACGAAGAACAUCUUUGUUUUGUAUCUUAAGGCUGUCGCGAUUUGUUAUUUUUAUUUAUUUGUGAAGAAAAAACAAGCUAACAUAAUAUAUUACAUCUUCUGGGAAA